UUACCUAUACCAGCCAAUCUAAUGUCAAGUAUCAUAGGAGCUAUCAUCACUACAGAACUCCUGUAGGACAAAAUUCAUCUCAUUGAUUGGAAUAUUGCAUACAGUAGGUGGCCCAUUCGCCACGAUGGGACUCAGAUUACGGCAAUUCAAGCUGCUGCUUUGGAAAAAUUGGCUGCUACAGCUUCGUAGGCCAAUCGGGACUGUUUUUGAAAUCCUCGUUCCAUUGUGUUUCGCAGCGUUGCUGUUAAUGACAAGAAUCCUUUUAAAAGCCGAGGUCAAGUGCUUUGCUACAUAUGACAACAGCAUUUCAAACGAAGACCAUACCUCUUUGUUUUUAAAUUCACCAACAAAGGCGUUAAACAAGACCGAUCUUUUUAAUAUUGACAUUGCUUCCCUCUCCGAUAAAGAGCUAUGUGACUUAGGAUUUUGUGAAAGGCUCACGUACUUCCCCCAGAAUGAACUCACAUUUGCUCUGAUGUCAACGGUGUCUUCUCAGAUUCAAAUACCACUUUCAAACAGGUCUUUCAGCUCAGAAGAGGUAAUGGCAAAGACAGCAGCCGAGGACGAAGACAACUUCUACGGAGCUGUUGUUUUCCUGUUUGAUGAGGACACUACUGAAUUACCAUUGGAAGUUAAAUACCGCAUACGCCUAUCUCAUACUCUUACGGAUUUUGGAACUUGGUAUACCAAUGAGGUCUACCCACCAUUUGAGGAAAUAGGACCAAGGGUCAUCAACGACUACAAGAACAGAUUCUUAAGCAUUCAGUUCGCAUUGGAUCGUGUCAUCACGAUUGCUCAAUCCGUAAACCAUGAUCCAAUCAAGGCUGCAACAUUAAGUCUCCAAAUGCAGCAAUUUCCGUACCCAGACUACAGGGAAGACGUCUUCAUCUCAACCAUUCAGUUCCUGUUACCCAUUCUCAUGGUUCUAGCUUUCAUUUAUUCAUCUGGAACCAUUGUAAAGGAACUCGUAAUUGAGAAAGAAACUCGUUUGAAGGAGAGUAUGAAGAUGAUGGGGUUGGCCAAUUGGAUCCAUUGGUUGGCCUGGUUUGUCAAGUCCUACACAUUUCUUCUCAUUUCUACCAUACUUAUUGUACUACUACUUAAGUUCGGUAAAGUGUUUGAGUAUAGCAACGGGAUAGUGCUGCUUUUGUUUUUUAUGCUAUGGAUGUUCGCCAGCACCAUGUGGAGUUUUAUGAUCAGUGUGUUCUUUUCAAAAUCCCGCUUAGGAUUUAUUUUUGGAUUAAUUCUUUGGUACCUUAACUAUUUACCAGUACAAUUCUUGGACUACAAUAAACAAUCAGCAACUAUAAAGACACUUGCUUCACUCUUGUCUAAUACGAACAUGGCGUUUGCAAUGAAUAUCUUCGCACGAUAUGAAAGUCGGGGAGAGGGCAUCAGUUGGGAAAACAUUAGCGUAACCCCAUCGCCAGGUGACAGUUUCAAUCUAGGCGUAUGCUUUAUCAUGCUUAUGGUGGACAGCCUUAUCUAUUUUCUGAUCAUGUGGUAUGUUGAACAAGUGUUUCCAGGACAAUACGGUAUACCGCAGCCCCUGUAUUUCCCCCUUCAAAGGUCCUACUGGUUUGGACCAUCAGCGCAUGGAGCGGAUGUCAAUCCAAAUUUCGAAAACGGAAUUGCAAUGGAAAGAAUAAGUAAAAAGAAUCAUGAGGAGGCACCAAAUUUAGAAGUUGGUAUCGACAUCAAGAAUCUACGUAAAGUUUACAAGAGUUCUGUUGGCAAGAAGCUUGCUGUAGAUGAUUUAUCUCUGAAGAUGUAUAAAGGUCAAAUCACUUCUCUUCUCGGUCACAAUGGAGCUGGCAAAACAACUACGAUGUCUAUUUUGACUGGUCUCUUUCCUCCUACCUCUGGCACUGCCAAUAUCAAUGGGAAGAGCAUAAUAAACGAUAUUCAAUCUGUGCGUUCAAGUCUUGGUUUGUGUCCGCAGCACAAUGUAUUGUUUGACCGUCUAACAGUCAAGGAGCAUCUUGAUUUUUUCAUCAAUCUGAAGGGCAAAAGUGGGAAAGAAGCUGAUGCUGAGGUUAAAUCCAUGAUACAAGAUUUGCAACUAGUAGACAAGACAAACACAGCCUCUAGUUCGCUGUCAGGCGGCAUGAAACGAAAAUUAUGCUGUGCCAUUGCUUUGAUUGGCGGAUCAGAGAUUGUGAUUUUGGAUGAACCGACGUCAGGUAUGGAUCCCUAUGCACGCCGAGCUACUUGGGAUCUCUUGCUGAAGUACAAAGCCGGAAAGACCAUGGUACUUACCACACAUUUCAUGGAUGAAGCGGACUUGCUAGGAGAUCGUAUAGCCAUUAUGGCACAUGGCCAGCUACUUUGUAGUGGUAGCUCUCUCUUCCUCAAGAACCGAUAUGGAGUUGGAUAUCACAUGACGCUAGUGAAGAACCAGGACUGCCAAGUAGAUCUUCUGACAAAAACCAUUCAAGAGUUUGUACCUGGCAGUUAUCUGGAGUCAAAUAUUGGUGCAGAAUUGACAUACAUACUUCCUGGAGAAAGCACCUCUAUGUUCCAGAAAUUGUUUGAACACCUUGAAGCUAAACGUACAAGCCUAGGUGUAGACAGCUUUGGUGUUUCAGUAACAACAUUAGAAGAAGUAUUUAUGAAGGCUGGUGAAGCCGCAGAGGCUAAAGUAAAUGGUGUUGAUACCAAUGAAGAGAAUGGAGGAGCGUCUACUACAAUGCAGCAUAUUCAAGAAGCAGGAGAGAAAGUAGACUUUAGACAACUGGAAACAAAAAGAGAAGACCUCCUUAGUGGCUGUGCUUUGAAAACACAGCAGUUUAAAGCAAUGUUCAUCAAGCGUUUUCUAAAUAGUAAACGCGACAGAAAAGCAGUCAUCACACAGUUUCUUCUUCCACUGCUUUUUGUCUUCUGCGGAUUGCUGAUCAUUUCAGUUGGUGAUGGAACUAGCAAUGAUCCUGAGUUAGAACUAAGUUUGUCAAUGUUGACUGACGCUGAGGACAAUGACCACAAGGCAUACUAUGCUAAUUUUGUGCAGAAUACUGUCCACCAAGAUGUGUUUCAGGAUCUUGAAAGCUAUUUGAAAGCACUUGACAUUAAACCAUUGAAUGUGGAAAGUAAAGUAACUCAAAUAGAAACAGACAAUACUGGGAAGGUUAAAGGUAAAGAGGUGCCUGUGAAUGCACAAUCAUGUUGCCAGUACAACUUCUUCAUUUUGAAUGCAAGUUGUGCUUUAUUGCUUAAGUCUCAAAAUGAUAUGUGUGAUGAAUAUCCAGAUUAUGCCUACACAAACUGCAAGGAAUGCAUCAAUGACACAGAGACUGAUAAUGGUGACGUCUGUCCAAUUGAUGCACAGACCAGUAUUCUAUCAGACCCCAACACUUACUUCCAGGAGUAUGUGUUACAAGAGGACAAGGAUGAUACACCAGGUUUCUUCAAUGAGUAUGUGGCAGGUUUCACUGCCAUAGACACUCCUUUUGAUGCUCAGCAAACUGUUAGUGAUUUGUAUGGACCAUAUGGAAAUGGCAAUCAGAGUUCACAAUUCAAUGCGUCAUUUGUUAAGAAACUACAAAGCACUGAUUUGUAUGACCUUGCAUUGAAUGUCACUAACGGGACAUUGGUGACAGCUUGGUACAGCAAUGAGGCAAUCCACACUACUGCGGAAGUUCUUAACGCAAUUUCCAACGUGAUGCUCAUGUCUGUUACAAAUUCAAGUUACAGCAUUAAGGCCUUCAACUACCCACUGCCCAAAAGCGCAGAUACCCUGGCUGAAGAUGCAACGUCUAAUGAAGACACUUUUGGAAUGGCCAUAUUAGUAGUUUUUGCCAUGGCUUUCUUGACUGCUAGUUUUAUAGGUUUUAUUGUCACAGAAAAAGAAAAUAAGGCAAAGCAUCUGCAGUUUGUAAGUGGAGUCGACACGUUGAGUUACUGGGGAGCUACAUUUGUCUGGGACAUGUGUAACUACACCAUCGUCUACGUCAUCAUUAUCAUUAUUUUUGCUGCUUAUGAUCUGGAUGCAUUUGGAGGGGAAAAUCUUGGCACCGUUGCAUUGAUCUUCUUCCUUUAUGGUUGGAUGUCGAUACCUUUUACCUACACCCUCUCCUUCAUGUUUAAGACGCCUGUGACGGCUACAGCUCUUACAACAUUUCUGCUUGCAUUUGUCAGCAUGAUUACAGUUAUAGCAAUUUUUAUCUUGGAAUUAUUGGGAGAAAAAAUAUCUGAUGAUUUGGACUAUGCUUUUAGCAUCAUUCCAACACAUUGUUUAGGCCGAGCGCUCAUGGUACUUUCAAAUAAUGACGCACUGAGGCGAUUCUGCACCGCUACUGAACAAGAUAAGAUAUCAUGUGGAAUGAAGGAAAUCAUAUACCAAGAGAACAAUUUAGCUUGGGAUAGACCAGGUGUCGGUAUAUACUGCUUGUAUAUGGCUGCAGCUGGCCUGGUCUUUAUAAUCCUGACACUGCUCAUCGAGGUUAACUUUUUCAUUCCAGCUCGCUCAGCAUCGUACCUGAAGGGCCAUGUUCCAAAUCCAGAUGAGGAAGAUGUUGCACUGGAGAGGGAGAAAGUUCUUGGUCUAAAUUCUCAAAACGAUGAAUCAGCUGUGUUACUAAAGAAUCUCUCUAAGGUGUAUCGAAAAAAGCCGACCCCCGCUGUAGACCAACUUUGCCUGAGCAUACCCAAGGGGCAGUGUUUUGGUCUCCUUGGUGUUAAUGGUGCUGGAAAAACCACAACAUUUGGCAUGUUAACGGGAGACCUGGGAAUCACAGCAGGGACUGCUUACAUGGAUGGAUAUGACAUCCAGACACAGAGACGAUUGGUUCAACAAAGAAUUGGCUACUGUCCACAGUUUGAUGCAUUAAUUGAACGCUUGACGGGCCGUGAAGUGUUGAGUAUGUAUGCUCGUUUGCGGGGUAUUCCAAGCCACCAGAUUGACGCUGUAGUAGAAACUACCGUCACACACUUGUCGCUAUCAAAUUGGGCGGAUAAGCUUUGUGGUGAUUACAGUGGUGGUAACAAGAGAAAACUUAGCACAGGCAUAGCAUUAGUUGGAAACCCUCCAAUUAUGUUCUUGGAUGAACCUACAUCGGGAAUGGAUCCAACUGCCCGACGCUAUCUAUGGAAUGCUCUAACAUCCAUCAUGAAGGGUGGCCGUUCUAUCGUGCUCACAUCACAUAGUAUGGAAGAAUGUGAGGUGUUGUGUACUCGUCUAGCCAUCAUGGUGAAUGGACAAUUCAAGUGCCUUGGCAGUACUCAGCACCUGAAGAGCAGAUACGGUAAGGGUUACACAAUGCUUAUCAAAAUGGAGGAAAAUUUCCAAACAGGGGGCCUCAAACAAUUUGUAAAUGACCAGUUUCCAGGAUCUGUCCUUUUGGAGGAACACCAGGGUGUGUUACAAUACCAGGUAGAAAACAGUAACCUUAGCUGGUCUUACAUCUUUGGAACUUUGGAGAACAACAAGCAGAUGUUGAAGAUUGAAGACUACAGCGUCAGUCAGACAACCUUAGAACAGGUUUUCAUUAACUUUGCAAAGGAGCAACAUGAUGAAACGGGUCAUGCCAGACGCAUGAGUAAAAAGAACAAAACAGAAUACAUAGAAAGACCAGCAACUGGAGCCAGUCUUGGUAGGAAUUCUUUGAGACGAAGCUUACGUGGAGUACAAUCACCAACUCCACAAUCACCAACUCAGCAAUCACCCACUCUGGUAUCCGAAAACCCACCACCACCUUAUAACCAAGCGCCACAGUAUACUGAAGCUUAUGAGGUUUAAAUAUGUUUAUUAUUGUACUUCAUAACGUAGUCCUACGAAAACAGAUUUAUAUCGUAAAUGAAGUGGUAGGGAAUAGUGGUCAGAAUCAGAUUAAUUUGUCCUACCAAGAAAUAAAGUAAAUGUUUAAAUACUUAAAAACAAAUUUAAAUCCAAAGUAACGGUACUGUAUCUACAUUUGUUUAUUCCUCACAAAAUACAUUAAACAUUUAGAUUUUAAUCUGAAAAUUAAAAUAAUAUAUCAUACACACGUGUGAUUCUGGACAGGUUCAAUUGAAGACAAAUAAAUCAGCAUCUAUGUCAAUGAACAAGCAAAAAUGCAAAGCAAAAUCCAAUA